CUUGUAUCCAUUCCUAAUCCAGUGUGGCUCCAUCACGUGGAAUUGCGCCUUUCCUCGGCCAUUUCUCCUAAGCUUUGGAAAGACUCGUAUUUCCUGAAAUUUAAAUCACCAGCUAGCGAUUUCCUGUCCCCCUUCCCGUCUCCCUUUCCCCCUUCAGCCUCCUCCCGCCUAGCUGGCGCCGGAUCCGCGAGCAGCGGUGUCCACCUCACGUAGUUGGCCGAGGAGGUAUCCAGAUUCCGGGGGUCUCGCUCCUUGCCAUAGUGGUCGCUUAACCCCAGCGCCUUCCCAGUGCCUCCCAAGCCUCUCCUCCUUCCGCCCCGGGCUGUUCUAGGAGGAGCCUAAAUGACCGCUUCCCCAGCUGAAGGGGAUUGUGCCACUCGGCCGCAGCCCGCGCUGUCCUCCGCCCCCCGGAGCCGCCGCGCCAGACCCUCGCCCAGACAUGGGGGACCUGCCGGGCCUCGUGCGCCUCUCCAUCGCGCUGCGCAUCCAGCCCAAUGACGGCCCGGUCUUUUACAAGGUGGACGGGCAGCGCUUCGGCCAGAACCGCACCAUCAAGCUGCUCACCGGCUCCUCCUACAAGGUUGAGGUGAAGAUUAAGCCCAGCACGCUGCAGGUCGAGAAUAUUUCCAUUGGCGGUGUGCUUGUCCCACUGGAACUGAAGUCAAAAGAGCCUGAUGGGGACAGAGUUGUUUAUACGGGUACAUAUGACACAGAAGGUGUGACCCCGACCAAGAGUGGAGAACGGCAACCCAUCCAGAUCACCAUGCCGUUCACAGACAUCGGGACCUUCGAGACUGUGUGGCAAGUCAAGUUCUACAAUUACCACAAGCGGGAUCACUGCCAGUGGGGAAGCCCCUUCUCCGUCAUUGAGUACGAAUGCAAGCCCAACGAGACACGCAGUCUGAUGUGGGUGAACAAGGAGUCCUUCCUCUGAAAGUGGCUCUUUCUGAUGCUGCUGGACAAUCUUUUCAGAAACCCACUUUUAGAUAAACCAGCGCAAGCCUUAAACAAGGCACGCCGCACCACUGCUGUUCCCCAUCUGGUCCCGAUGACCUACUAGCCCUGAUUAUUUUGAAAGUGUAAUUCCCCUCUGAUACAAUAUCCCUCACAUUCAGGAUGGUGAUGUACCACCCCCCAGAAUACUUGCGUCUGUAUUUUGUGCUGAUGUUCCUGCAUCCAGUUGUUCUCGGUCAUACUAUUGACCGCUCGUGACCGGAGUUCAGUGGCCCUGGCAGGCUUGUCCUGCUCUUGACUGUUCCACUGACUGACUAUGGUGUUUUGUUUCCAAGUAAAGUGAUUCCUCCCUUUUUUUGUUCAAUGUUAAAUUUAAAAAUACCCAUGUGUAUGGGUCCUCCCAUGUGUAAUACGGUAACAUGGAACUUGCAGUGUUUGUCAGCUUUCAAAGCAGGCUUUGUGAAAAUGUAACACAAACAGCAGCGAAUGGGGCUCCAAUGUUGUGCUUCCUAUCAACAGCUCCACUCUUUCAGGGAAGGAUAAUAACAAACCAGAAGGACAAUUAUGUACGUAUUUAUAAUGUAUUAAAACUCUUGUAAGUAACAAGGUAUUGUGCAAUGGCCUAGCCUAGUAGAAAUGGGGGGAAAGCAUUGCCGUGGACCAUUGUUAAAGUGACAGGAGUUGUAGGGUUACCCCUUUGACAAGCUUCCACAGUCUUCAGACAUGCACAUUGAUGGCAUCCCUACAUUCUUCUUCACUUGAACUUUGUAAAACUGCAUAUGGACCUGUAAUCAACUUUUGAUAUUUCUUAAUAAAGGCAUUGAAAAUCA